UAGGCCAGGAAAAGAAGAGUGCCUUGAAGAAAUGAUCAGGAAGCAAAACUUAGCUGGAAAUCUCUCCUUUGUGUAUUCUCCAACCCUAUUCAUCCCGCCUUGCACUCACUCACCUUGUCCAUCUCCUCCAAGUCUGCUGGGGUCACUGGGGGAGCCAGGUGCUCGGCCCAUCCUGAUUGUCCAUUUUCUAUCCCUUUUCUGGUUGUCUGUGCAAUUGUGUGUGUGUGUGUGUGUAUGUUGAUUCUCCCUAGAUCAAAACACUUGGAACCAGAUGUAUCAGCACCCCAUCUGACCCCAGACCCCUUCUGACUACCAUUGUUUGUUUUAUCAUAUGGAAAUCACCCUCAAUUCUUUGUCUACCUUCCUCAUAAAGCCUAGUUUUCCUUUGCUUUGUGGUUGGGAGGAAGGGAUUCUUAACUUGGGUCCCCAGAAUUAUUGUGUGUGCAUACAUUUUUCUGGUGAGAGGGACUAGAGUGGGUUGCAAAAUUUUGUUAGCUUCUCAAAGGAGUCUUUGACUCCCAAAGGUUGAGAAGCACCUGUCUGGGAAUAUGGCUCCAGUUAUUUCCUCAUCCCAAGUCAGGCUAAGAAACCCUUGGCAAAUGGAAGAGUCUCUCCUAAUUAUCCUUUUCCCCAGAAUGUGGGGGCUCAAGGUUCUACUGCUGCUGCCCGUGGUGAGCUUUGCUCUAUAUCCUGAGGAGAUACUGGACACCCAAUGGGAACUAUGGAAGAAGACCUACAGGAAGCAGUAUAACAGCAAGGUGGAUGAAAUUUCUCGGCGUUUAAUUUGGGAAAAAAACCUGAAGCAUAUUUCCAUCCAUAAUCUUGAGGCCUCUCUUGGUGUCCAUACAUAUGAAUUGGCCAUGAACCACCUAGGGGACAUGACCAGUGAAGAAGUGGUUCAGAAGAUGACUGGACUCAAAGUACCCCCCUCUCAUUCCCGCAGUAAUGACACCCUCUAUCUCCCAGACUGGGAAGGCAGAGCCCCAGACUCCAUUGAUUAUCGAAAGAAGGGAUAUGUUACUCCUGUCAAAAACCAGGGUCAGUGUGGUUCCUGUUGGGCUUUUAGCUCUGUGGGUGCCCUGGAGGGACAACUCAAGAAGAAAACUGGCAAACUCUUAAAUCUGAGUCCCCAGAACCUGGUGGAUUGUGUGUCUGAGAAUGAUGGCUGCGGAGGGGGCUACAUGACAAAUGCCUUCCAGUAUGUGCAGAAGAACCGGGGCAUUGACUCUGAAGAUGCCUACCCAUAUGUGGGACAGGAUGAAAGUUGUAUGUACAACCCAACAGGCAAAGCAGCUAAGUGCAGAGGGUACAGAGAGAUCCCUGUGGGGAACGAGAAAGCCCUGAAGAGGGCAGUGGCUCGAGUAGGACCUGUCUCUGUGGCCAUUGAUGCAAGCCUGACCUCCUUCCAGUUUUAUAGCAAAGGUGUGUAUUAUGAUGAAAACUGCAAUAGCGAUAAUCUGAACCAUGCGGUUUUGGCAGUGGGAUAUGGAAUCCAGAAGGGAAACAAGCACUGGAUAAUUAAAAACAGCUGGGGAGAAAACUGGGGAAACAAAGGCUAUAUCCUCAUGGCUCGGAAUAAGAACAACGCUUGUGGCAUUGCCAACCUGGCCAGCUUCCCCAAGAUGUGACUUCAACCAGCCAACCCCAUCCUGCUCUUCCAUUCCUUCCACGAUAGUGCAAGUACUGAUGUACUUUGGAAGGGAGUUGGUGGCCUUUCUUGAAGCAGAUGUCAUGAUACAGAGAUUGUCUGUUCAGUUUCCCCAUUUGUUUGUGCUUCAAGUGACACUUUUUCUACUUUCCUUCUCUCCACCCAAGGCCUUUCACUGUGGCCACAGUAGGAAUUUCCCUAACAGGUGUGCGUUCUCAGGCUAAGAGAUGUGACCACAGCCUGCCCUGACUGUGUUGUUCUGGGGCUAACUCUGUGCAAAUAGUUAGAGGCUAGAGAUCUUCAGAUAGGCUAGAUUCUCAUUCACAGGGACUAGUUAGCUUUAACCAAUCUAGAGGACUAAGAUGACCUGACUUCUCAGUUUCCAAGUUUACUUCUUCUAUACCCUCAAGGUAGAAAUUUCUAUGUUUUUCACCCCAAUUCAUAAAUCUAUUCAUAAAUCUUUGGUGCAAGUUUACAUGAUACAAGAAAUGUGUUUUCUUUGUCCUUCUUUGCAUUUUUAAAGUAAAGCAAGUAUUUAUCUCUUGUCUGUAAUUUAGUAAAUAGCUAUUUA